AUGGCAGCAGUGGCAGUGCUGAGGAAUGACCCUCUGCAGACAUUUUUACAGGUCAGUCUGUGAUAUUAAGUAUCUCAUUCAUUGAUGAACAGGAUCAUUACCUAAAAAUUAAAAAACAAACUAAUUGUAACAGGACCAGCUGCAUCAUUGUUAGAAACAGGCAACUUCUUGGAUUCCCAGUGUUUGUGGACUGCAAUGCCCACUAAUCUCAGCCAGGGUCUUGGAAUUCUUGACCUCAGAUGAUAUUCUAACCCAACAGGAUAUCUCCCCAUUUUUGGUAUAAUAUAAGUAUAUUGUUAUAUGUCAGUGAAUAACUGCAUGCAGCAGAAUGAGGAGGACUCUUCUUAAAAGUUAAUCACUGAACCUUCAACAUCUUUUAUAUGUUUCAUGGGCUAAUAGUAGCAGCAACAGAUCAGGGUCUGCAUGGACUUUAAAGUCAAUAAAGACAAUGUUGACUUUCAAUUUUUCUUUUUUUUUUUUUUUUAAAACAAUAAUCAAUAACAUAAAUACUUGUCUCAUUUACACUGUGCUGGAUGGUGUGAUAUAUAACCCAGAAUUACAUCAAAAUAUUGUAUUUUUUUUUUUGAGUUGAGGGUUUGUUAGUGGCAGAAUUGAAUAGAGACUCUUCAUUGCCCAUACUUGUGUAUUCUUCCGGAGAUGUUUGUCCCAUGAAUUUAGAAAUGUAGUAAGUAGUACUAUUUUAUCUUUAGAAAGUGCACUAUUCAAUUUAAUUCAGUAUAGCUGUUUUCUCUAAUUUUAAAUAUUUAUGUUAAUUAAUUUAUUCACUAAGCAAUGAAGGGCAGUAAACCGAAGGUCAAAAUACAGAAUUUAGACUAAAAAAGUCAAACUGUGACAAUAGCUGUGUGGAAGAUUUUUUCCCCCCCAAAUCAGCGAUUUUCGUCAAACUUGCAAUUCAGAUUUAAGUUUAUUACAAUGUGGCAUUUAGUGAUUAAACCCCAAUGUGAAUGAGUUGUGUUUGUGUGUGAAUUUCAAAAGUUCAUGUAAUUACCUUUAAAUCUAUUUACUAAACAGGAAUUGAGGGGGAAUAGACAAGGAAUUGCAUAUUUAGGAUAAAAUACUAAAACUGGCCUCAAGUUUUAAAUACCCUUGUGAAAAUGUGUGAGUAAACUCCAGAAGUUUGGGUCUGUGAAUGUUGUGGCUGUUAUAAGCAAAGCUUGCAUACAUAUUGAAUACAAUUUUAGUUGCAUUUAGUUUUGUGCAAAUGUAUAUUUGAAACUAACAAAAUGCCCCUGGUGGAGUGCUAACUCUGUUAAAGAAGUCUGCAAACUCCAAUAUUAAUUCUGUUAAAUUAAUGAGCCAUUUCUAUGUUUACAGACUGUGGUUAAAAUAAAUAUAUCUAGUUUUUCCACUUUAAGCAUUAGAUGGAUGUUUUACUUGAUCAUUUUUGUUACUUUCAUGUAAAGUCAAUAAAACAUUUAACAAAUCUAAAGUCUAGCAUUCUUUUUUUACAGGACAGAACUCCUAGUGCUUCACCAGAUGUUGGGAAACAUUCUCCCUUGGCUCUUUUGGCAGCCACCUGCAGUCGAAUUGGGCAACAUGGAGGAGGUCCACCUGACUUUCUUCAAGUUCCUUAUGACCCUACCAUUGGUUCUCCAUCAAGGAUUUUCCAUCCAUGGACUAAUGAAAUAUCUACACAUUCCCCUGGAGGAAUUCAACCUCACAGCGCACUUGGUCUUGUAACCCCUAAGAAUCAGAUCUCAUCUCAUAUCCAGUCCUCCUUUGUUGCACAUGAACUACCUUUAACUCCUCCAGCAGAUCCUUCUUAUCCAUAUGACUUUUCACCCGUUAAAAUGUUACCCUCGUCUAUGGCUGCUUUCCAGUCUUCUAACUGUCAGUCCUAUGUUUCUGCUGUCCCUUAUGCCUCAGGAGCCCCCAUCACAUCUGCCAUCCAUGGGUUUGUACCUGGUCACUCUAAUCUGAUACAUCAGCAGCCGAGACAAUUAUCUUCUAACCCGGCAGAAGAUAUUCCGUGGUGGAGCAUUACACAAGCCAACCAAGUAACCCACCACUCUCCAAUUGCCCAUCCUCACCGUUUUCCUAUCCAGAGAGGGUUAGUCCUGGGACAUUCUGACUUUGCACAGUAUCAAACUCAAAUUGCAGCUCUUCUGCAAACCAAAUCUCCUCUUGCCACGGCAAGGAGAUGUCGAAGAUGCAGGUGUCCCAACUGUCAAUCAUCUAGUGGCACUGAAGAGCCUGGUAAGAAAAAACAACACAUCUGUCACAUUCCUGGAUGUGGGAAAGUAUAUGGCAAAACUUCUCACCUUAAGGCCCACCUGAGGUGGCAUUCUGGUGAAAGACCUUUCAUUUGCAACUGGAUAUUCUGUGGCAAAAGCUUCACCAGAUCAGAUGAACUACAGAGGCAUCUGAGGACUCAUACUGGUGAAAAGAGGUUUGUGUGCUCCGAAUGUGGGAAAAGAUUCAUGAGAAGUGACCACCUAGCCAAGCACGUGAAAACUCAUCAAAACAAAAAAGUGAAAGGGUUGGAGAGAACAGUAAAACAGGAGCAAACCAGAGACCACUAGAGGAAGCUUGAAACAUCUCUCUAUU